AUGGAGAGGAGGCGGCAUUACGAUCAUUCGAACUGGUCUCCGGAUUCGGGGAGGACCUGGACCUACUCCAGCGGUGACGCAUCAGAACAGUGUGCCGCUUUCAUGGAUGCAAUCAACUGUACGGACGCUGUAUGUGAAGUCAGAGAUGAGAGAUUGCAAGAGGAACUCCAACUCUGGCUGCAGAGAUUCGCUUCGCUCCAGCUGGUCGGCACGAGCCUGAAUAAGAUGAACGGCUCAGCUCUGAAACUCACCGAUCCGAGAGUCGCUCAAAUUCCUCUGGACUUCGAUCCACCGAGGAAGAAACGCUGGAGCGUCGAGGAUGAGAAACUACGGCAUGUACUCAUCGAGAAACUCGCUGACAGUCUACGAAUUGAAGAGUGGGAGCGAUCUAGCGACAGUGAGCCCUCGCAAAGCGCACCGGAAAAUGCUCUCGAUAGACGGAGACUUUCAAGCCAGUUGUCGAAGGCUUUCCAAAUUUUCGCCCGCACCACCGAUCUACCGCAAAUCGAUGCAUCCACCGUGGACAACCGAGUUUACUACUGAAGACCUCACCUUGUCGAACGCCGAAUGGCUCCGGAUGAUGGUCACAGUUUCCAUAUCCACUCACACAAGGUAACAGCUGCUAUGACAGCGGAUGCGCGAAAAAUCCGUCGAGCCCAUUCUUAUGAACGAUGAGUCCGAAUAUGAUUGAGGGAAAUAAAGCGACGGGCAAGU